AUGUCUUGGUCUUUGAAAGAAGUAAAUCAAAAAAACGUUAAGAAAUUUAAUACUUCUUUAUUCACUUAUCAAUUUUUGUAUGAUGAAACAAAUCCUAAAAUUGGUGGGUCACUACACACUAAUUUGAGUAAUAUAUUGGAAACUACUCUAUCGAAAGCUAAAGUCCAAAGUCAUUACAGUGAUGGGGACAAAAUACGCUUGAUUGCCCAAAAUCCUAAAUUUAACUCGUCCAUAUCUACACAGUUUGAUUCAAAUUUAAAUUUUGGUAAAUUGCUAGAUCAGAUCGAAAAUAUCUUAACUUCAAAUCACGAUGUAAAUUUGGAACAAACUACUUUUGAUAUACAAAUAUUUAAAACACCAAAAAAUUAA